AUGAAGGUCCUCAUUACUGGCGCUGGCGGCUUUGUUGGCCAAGUCCUUGCUGAAUCGCUGCUGAAUGAAAACCACUCUGUGAUCCUUACGGACAUUGCUGAGCCCCAGAUUCCCCCUCAUGCAAACAACAAGCAGAAUGCCACUGUCAUCCAAGCAGACCUCUGCGCAGACUCCUCAUCAGUGCUGUCGCCAGACUUGGACGCUAUUUACGUCUUCCAUGGUAUAAUGUCUGCUGGAAGUGAGGCAAACUUGGAGCUGGGAUACAAUGUGAAUCUCAUCAGUUCCAUCAAGUUCCUCGACGCCAUUCGUAAGACCUGCCGUCCAGAUGUCCGUGUCGUGUACGCCUCGUCUUGCGCAACAUAUGGUCAGCCGUUGCCACACUCUCCAUCAGAGGCUACUGUCCCUACUCCUGAGGGGAGCUACGGCACGCAAAAGUGUAUGAUUGAGCUGCUGCUCAACGACUACUGCCGCCGAGGCUUUCUAAAUGCAUUCACCUUGAGGUUUCCCUCCAUCUCGGUUCGCGGCGGCAAGCCCACCCAGGCUGCGAGUGCUUGGAUGAGUAGCAUUAUCUCUCAGCCGCUGCAAGGCCAAGAGGCCUUGCUCCCUUGCCCUGAUGACUUUGAGUGCUGGCUCUGCUCACCUCGGACACUGGUCCACAAUCUCAUGCUCUGCCUAACUCUCCCCAAGGACUGCAUGCCCUCUCACAUCAGACAGGUCCUGUUGCCUGGCGUGACCGCAACAGUUGGCGAGAUGCUGCAGGCUCUGAAAGAUGUUGGCGGCGACGAGGCGGUAGCGUUGGUGAAAAGACAGGAUCCUACACCCGAAACGAAAGCACUUCUUGAGUCGUGGCCUGUGAGAUUCGAUGUUAGCAAGGCCCUAGGCAUUGGCUUUCAAGCCGACCCUGGGUUCAAAGUUGCUGUGCAGGAGUUUGCAGAAACACUAAAGCGAUAA